UCCGUUGUUGAGUAGUGAAAAUCUCCAUGAGUCUUGUACAAAUCAGUAUUUUGUUCAAAUGGCACUGCAAACACUUUCCAAAAUGAAAAUUAAUUUGUUCGAAAUGAACUUGACCAUUUGAUGGUAAAAACUUUUUAAAAAUAUUUCAAUAUGUUUCCAUUCUUUAAACUCACAAGGUAUAGUUACAUUAACUUAGGUUAACUAAGAAUCACGAGUAAGUUUUCUCAAAAAUCUAUUAAAGCGAGACCUUAAGAAUUCCUAGCUUUGAAUUCAGAAUGCGUCAGAGUGAUCUGAGGCCAAAGAUCUCCAGACAAAAAUUGUAAAAUAUUAAGGGAAAAACAUGCAAAACUGACAGUUUUGUUAUACAUUCGUUAUAUUUCGUAAUUGUCUUAAUUUCCUUGACAAUUCUAGGUUUCCCAGCAUUGUACCAACCCUGACAGAAAACUUUGUUGACUAAAGUUAAAAUUAAAAGCGGCCGCCGCUGCUUCAUUAUUAUUCGGUGUGUUGCGAGCAAAAUGACGGAACACCGAUCCAUCCUAACCCCGGCGAAAAUUUUCAUGAUCUCCGUCGGUUUCUGGAAAUAUCCCCACCACCAAUAUCCCGCCAAAUUAUUUUACAAGCUUUACUCCGCGUUGUUCGUGUUAUAUUUCUUCCUCUACACGAUCUCCUUGUAUACCAAGUUCAUCAUCACGGUGAGCACAGCGUCUAGGUUAGACCCCGACGUGAUCAAGCAACUUGCUUACGUCAUCGGUUACCUCAUGACGACUUACGUGAUAAUGGUAUGCCGCGGCGCCAGCUUCAAUGACGUCAUAUCGGACAUCGCUCUGGAGGAACGGCACAUAUUAAACAGUGAGGAUGACGAUAUUUUAAAGUCCCACCUUCGAUACAUCAUAUGGGACAAUUGGAUCAACCUUCUUUUCGCGGUAUUUACUAUUGGCACUGGCCUAGCUCUUGGUAUGGAGAAUGUGCUCCGAAAUGUCGAGGUGGCGCGCUACAACAGACACCACAACGUCACCCUGGAAAGGCCUUUGCUAAUGGAGGUCUAUUAUUUCAAUCUAAACGAACAGAAAUGGGCAAAUUUGCUCCUAGUGAUUUCCGAGGUCUCCCUUGCGUGCAACACAUUGAUGUUUCUCGCAUCCAAGGUCAGUGUUUAUACUUGCAUACUAUUCGCUUCGUCUGUACUAAAAAUGAUCCAGAUCAAGUUCAGGAAGAUGGGUCUAGGUCAAGAAGAUACGCUAGCCGCUUUGAAGCAGCUAGUAGUGGAGCAUCAGCGUAUUAUCGCACUUGUCGACAAGUUAAACGGUUCGAUAAAAUACCUGAUAUUGUUGGAGUAUCUACUGAACUCGCUGAAUGUGGCCGCAGUCUCCGUUCAGUUAAUAACGUACGACAAGAAGAUGUUAUUGACUCCUAUAUUCUACCUGUGCUUUCUACUCAUUCAAGUUUUCAUUUUGGGAAUAAGCUCCAACGAAAUUAAAAUCCAGAGCCUCGCAUUGUCAGAUGCCGCAUACUCUACUCCCUGGCACGAUCAAAGCGAAGCAGUUAAGAAAAUAUUACUGACCGUCAUAGCCCGAACCCAGAUACCCCUGAAGUUAACCAUAGGUCCAUUCAGACCGAUGGUCAUAGAAUCUGCAAUCGCCGUCUGCAAGGCCUCCUACUCAUACGUCACGCUGAUGAUGCACAACGUGCAAUAAAUAGAUACCCAUUUUGAUAUUACCAAACAAUAUUUAAUAACAUUAAAUCCGGUGCAAAAGAAAGUGUCUUUAAUGACAUAAAAGUCACCGGAGUAUCCACCUAGAGCAUACAGACAAACUACUAAUACCAUAGUCAGCAGUGUUGACCAAGUACCUUUAUUUAAUAUUAUUUAAGUGUCUCAUUGACAAUUGCACUCCACGAACAGGUUUAUUCAUCUGCUCGAUGAAACAGAACACUGAAUCUUUAAGGACGAUGACUCUAUUUUUUUAUUUUCUCCACUACUUUGCGAGAAAUGAACUAUUUUUGGCAAAUUGGUCAUGCCCUUUACCAUCAUCUUCAUCAACAAACGUACAAGUAUUUUCA